AUGCAAGGCAUUCUAUGCUUUUACCAGAACAGAGGAUCUGUGGAAGGCUCUUUUUAUCCGAUCUCCUCCGGCAACAUUUACCUGGAGAGGAACGUGGCGUGCCACGUUUCUGAACUUGCCGCCAGCAAAACUAGGAACCAAAUUACUCGGCUACCAAACCUCUCUGCCGAAGAGUUCGAGGAGAAGUGGUCUGACACGCCUUUCAUCCUCACAGAACCAGUGAAGGAAUGGCCUGCAUAUCACCAGUGGUCGGUUGAGACGCUCCUUCCGAAGCAUGGAGAGACGCUCUUCCGAGCAGAGGCAGUCGACUGGCCUCUGCGGACAUACGUGGACUAUAUGGAGAAUAACUCGGACGAGAGCCCUCUAUAUCUCUUCGAUAAGGAAUUUGUCUCGAAGAUGAGUCUACGGGUUGGACCGCCACAUCAGGAACCAGGAACAACGUAUUGGCCGCCGCCAUGCUUCGGUGAAGACUUCUUUUCGGUGCUGGGUAAUGAUAGACCGGAUCGACAAUGGCUGAUCAUAGGUCCUGAGCGGUCCGGAAGCACUUUUCACAAGGACCCGAAUGCCACUAGCGCCUGGAAUGCGGUUAUUCGUGGUUCCAAGUACUGGAUCAUGUUCCCCUCGUCAUCCAAACUUCCGCCUCCGCCCGGUGUCUACGUCUCGGAGGACCAAAGCGAAGUAACUUCUCCGCUUAGUAUCGCGGAGUGGCUUUUGGGCUUCCAUGCCGAGGCCCGCCGCACACCAGGCUGCAUUGAGGGAAUUUGCCGGGAAGGAGAAAUCUUGCAUGUACCUUCCGGAUGGUGGCAUCUGGUUGUUAACCUGGAGCCUGCCAUCGCGAUUACACAGAACUUCAUUCCUCGAGCCCACUUGACUGCCGCGUUGGAUUUUCUCUCCAACAAAGCAGACCAGGUAUCUGGGUUCCGGAAGGACAUUAACAAUCCGUACGAACGGUUUGUGGCUAGAAUGCGACAGUCGCAUCCGGAACUCCUGCAAAAAGCUCUUGGAGAACUCAAAAAGAAGGCCGAACGCAAGAAGCGCAAAUGGGACGAAAUAGUCCAUGGCAAAACAGGCACGGAUGAUGCUAACGCUGACUCCGAGGCCGGUGCAUUCAGCUUCGGAUUUGGUGGUGAUGACAGUGACGCGGAAGUUCCUUGA